AUGAUGCCGUUUCCGGUGACAACUCCGGGAUCACAACAGACGCCGCCGCGCAAGCACUAUGGCAUCUCCUCCCCCAUCAGCUUAGCGGCCCCCAAGGAGACUGACUGCGUACUUACCCAGAAGUUAAUUGAAACCCUGAAGCCCUUUGGGGUUUUUGAAGAGGAAGAGGAACUGCAGCGCAGGAUUUUAAUUUUGGAAAAAUUAAAUAAUCUGGUAAAGGAGUGGAUACGAGAAAUCAGUGAAAGCAAGAGCCUUCCACAAGCUGUAAUUGAAAAUGUCGGCGGGAAGAUCUUUACGUUUGGCUCGUACAGAUUAGGCGUGCACACGAAAGGUGCUGAUAUUGAUGCGUUGUGCGUUGCACCGAGACAUGUUGAUCGAAGCGACUUUUUCACCUCGUUCUAUGACAAAUUGAAACUACACGAAGAAGUAAAAGAUUUAAGGGCUGUUGAGGAGGCGUUUGUACCAGUUAUUAAACUGUGUUUUGAUGGUAUAGAGAUUGAUAUUUUGUUUGCAAGAUUGGCACUGCAGACUAUUCCAGAAGAUUUGGACCUAAGAGAUGACAGUCUGCUUAAAAACUUAGAUAUUAGAUGCAUAAGAAGCCUAAACGGUUGCCGGGUGACGGAUGAAAUUUUACAUCUCGUCCCAAACAUUGACAACUUCAGGUUAACUCUGAGAGCCAUCAAACUGUGGGCCAAAUGCCACAAUAUCUAUUCCAAUAUAUUAGGCUUCCUAGGAGGUGUUUCCUGGGCCAUGCUGGUAGCAAGAACUUGCCAGCUCUACCCAAAUGCAAUAGCAUCAACUCUUGUACGUAAGUUUUUCUUGGUAUUUUCUGAAUGGGAAUGGCCAAAUCCAGUGCUGCUGAAAGAGCCUGAAGAGCAGAAUCUUAAUUUGCCUGUAUGGGACCCAAGAGUAAAUCCCAGUGAUAGGUACCAUCUUAUGCCCAUAAUCACACCAGCGUACCCACAGCAGAACUCCACAUACAACGUGUCUGUUUCAACAAGGAUGGUCAUGAUCGAGGAGUUUAAACAAGGGCUUGCUAUCACGCAUGAAAUUUUGCUGAGUAAGGCAGAGUGGUCCAAGCUUUUUGAAGCUCCAAGCUUCUUUCAAAAGUACAAGCAUUAUAUUGUACUUCUAGCAAGUGCACCAACAGAAAAACAGCAUCUAGAAUGGGUGGGCUUGGUGGAAUCAAAAAUCCGAAUUCUGGUUGGAAGCUUGGAGAAGAAUGAAUUUAUUACUCUGGCGCAUGUGAAUCCUCAGUCAUUUCCGGCACCUAAAGAAAAUCCUGACAAGGAAGAAUUUCGUACGAUGUGGGUGAUUGGGUUAGUGUUAAAAAAGCCAGAAAACUCUGACGUUCUCAGUAUUGAUCUCACCUAUGAUAUCCAGUCUUUCACAGAUACAGUUUAUAGGCAAGCAAUAAAUAGCAAGAUGUUUGAGAUGGAUAUGAAAAUUGCUGCAAUGCAUUUAAGAAGAAAGGAACUUCACCAGCUACUGCCUAAUCAUGUGCUUCAGAAACAGAAAACACAUUCAACGGAAGGUGUCACUUUAACAUCUUUGAGUGACAGCAGCCUUGACUUGUCUGCAGACAGGGAAGACAGCAUGUCUGUGCCUUCACCUACUAGCACUAUGAAGACUGGCCCAGUGACUGGCAGCUCUCAGGGCAGAAAUAGUCCUGCUCCUGCUGUAAUGGCAGCAUCUGUGACUGCCGUACAAGUUACUGAAGUUUCCUUGCAACAGGUGAAUCCCGGUGAAAGCUUAGGGGGUGCAUCUAGUGAAAGCAUUCCUCAGACUGCCUCACAGCCAGCCCUUCUUCCACCACCGAAGGCCACAGUUGCCAGAGUUGUUUCUUCAACACGUCUGGUAAACCAUCCGCCCAGGCCUUCAGGGAGCACUGCGACAAACAUAGCUAAUCCUAUAGUGGGAGUCUAG